AAAGGAAACCCUGUUCAAUAUUAGCAAUAAAUUUUAGUAAUUCACCCAAGCCUUAUAAAUCAAAAUAAAAAUGGCUUAACUUAAUUAUUUGGGUGUUAAUAUUCAAAGCGAAACGUUUGGAAUUUCUUUUGGGUUCAAAGCUCGCACUUCUUCAAAAUUAACCCAUUGCUAGCAAUAAAUCAAAUACAUGAAAUCAAAUUAUGAAAGCUGCAGUCUCUUUGCUGCGUAACAGGCUUGGUUUUGCACGCUUGCAUGCAAAGGCAUCUUCAUUGGAACGUUAUGGAUGGGAUCAUCUGAAAUGCAAUGCAUUAGAACCAAUCAUGUCAUCCUGUAACUCUGACUACUACCUUCCAAAAUGUCGCUUUAUGCAAUAUCUACAUCCUGGCGACACUGAAAAACGUCUUGGCAUGGUGUCGGAAAAUGGCACCAAAAUGAUUGAGUUGUCCGCUAGAACUUGUGCCGCGCCAGACAUGAUGGGAUUUAUACACCAGAGAUAUUGCAUGAGAAGUUUGUUGGACAGCACCAAAUAUAUGGAUGUUGAUGAUGUUAAACCCGACUUGAGACUUCUACCUCCACUUGAUUCACCCGGCAAAAUAAUUGGUGUUGGUUGCAACUACUACGAUAGCUGCAACGAAAGAAACAUGAAAGUACCCGCUACGCCUGAGUUUUUUGUCAAAUUCGGUACGUCCAUUACGGGUGCCCUCGAUAAUAUCCGUGCUCAUCAAAUAGCUAAGCACAUUGAUUAUGGCUGCGAACUAGCCGUGGUAAUUGGUAAAAAAUGCCGCCAUGUCUCUCGUGUCGCUGCUAUGAGCUGUGUUUUUGGUUAUAUGAUCGCCCAGGACAUUAACGCACGCGAUUGGAACGUAUUGUUAGGUGGUCAAACAAUGCUAGGUAAGUCGCUGGAUACUUUUUGUCCACUGGGCCCGAUUAUUGUCCAUAAAAAUCAUGUGCCCGAUGUCAACAAUUUGUGGAUUAAGACUAUUGUCAAUGGUGAACAACGUCAGUGCGGGAACACUAAAAAUAUGAUAUUCAAAAUUGACUACCUCAUACAUAGAUUAUCUCAAUUUAUGACGCUUUGCCCGGGUGACAUUAUUUUAACUGGUACACCAGCCGGCGCAGGGGCAUACCGCAAUCCGACAAGCUUUUUGAAGCCCGGAGAUAUGGUCGAGAGUGAAAUACAAAAGUUGGGCAAAAUGAGAAAUAAAGUCGUAAACCCUUAUUCUUAAAUUGUAGGAAAAGUGUAAAAUAAAGUCGUAUACCCGUGUGCUCAAAUUA